AUGCAGCUCGUCCCCGCGCCCGCGCCGCGCUGCCCCAGCCUGUCCCGCCUGCGCGAGUGCCCGGGCCGCUCCCGCAUCGUGCUGGCGCUCGGGGCCACGCAGAUGGCCCGAUGCCUCAUCGUGGCGGUGGUGAGCAUCAGCGCUGGCGUCACCACCUCGGCCCUUGUCAGGCAUUCUUGUCAGUUCUGGAGGAGCUUCUCAGUGCUGCUGUCAGGACUCAUUGGCGUCGUCUCCUGGAAGAGGCCUCUCUCCCUCGUGAUAACCUUUUUCAUGCUGCUCUCUGCAGUGUGCGUAAUGCUGAAUUUGGCUGGUUCAAUUCUCUCCUGUCAGAAUGCUCAGCUAGUCAACUCCCUAGAAGGCUGUCAGUUGAUUAAGUUUGACAGUGUCGGGGUGUGUGUCUGCUGUGAAAUGCAGCACCAGUCAUCCGGCUGCAGCAACCUUGGGGAGACGCUGAAGCUGAAUCCGCUGCAGGAGGACUGCAACGCCGUGAGGCUGACGUUGAAGGAUCUCCUCUUCAGCGUGUGUGCCCUCAAUGUCCUCUCCACCAUCGUGUGUGCAUUGGCCACAGCCAUGUGCUGCAUGCAGAUGGUCUCUUCUGAUGUCCUGCAGAUGUUCCUUCCACAAAGGGCGCAUUCCGCCAGCCCUGCCUGCGUGACCCCCCAUGGCACCGUUCUCCACCAGACCCUGGACUUCGAUGAGUUCAUCCCCCCUCUCCCACCUCCACCUUAUUACCCUCCAGAGUACACCUGUACUCCCACAGCCGAGGCCCACAGGGGCCUCCACUUGGACUUUGCUCCCUCUCCAUUCAGCACUUUGUAUGAUGUUGCCAUCAACAGCCCUGGCCUGCUGUACCCCGCCGAGCUCCCCCCACCCUACGAGGCCGUGGUGGGCCCGACUGCCACCAGCCAGCUUACCAGUGUAGAUCAGCCGGCGACUGAGCCCAGCCCCGGGGACCCAGAUGCCACUGCUGGCUUCAGCACACAAGAGCCCGCAGAUAGCUCGAGCCUCCUGGCAUCCGAGGGUGCCACCGCACCAGGCCUAAGCCCUGAGGGCCCUGUGGGUGCCUCACAGCCCCUGCCACCUGACCUCGAGUCCCCUGAGGGCCCUGACCAGGGCACGCAGGCACUGCCAGGUCCCGGGCGUGUGGCCCGCUCCACCAGCGACCCCACUUCGUGUGCAUCCAGUGUGGCAGGCAACACCUCUUCGCAUCCGCCCUCCUGCAGCCAGGACCUUGAAGCAGGACUGGCCAGGGCUGCUCUGGGGACCGUUUCCCUAUCUCAUUCCUCCACGGCCUCCUGUGCUUGUCGGCACCGGCUCUCGCCACCUGGGCAGCUAGAUCCCCAGAAAAUGGACCACCGGUUAAAGCCAGAGGCCUUACAGACGGUCUUCAAAGAGCAGCCACACUCAUUAAUGGACGGCAAGGCCCAUGCAGACACCAGGGUUUUGGUGGCUAAAUUUUUGGAACACUCGAACUGUGCCCUCCCUCCCGAGGUACGGCAUGUGGUGGGCACCUUUCACCCGGCUGUCACGUCCGAUGAGCACCACGUGGACGAGGCCAUCUUCAGUGCCAAUGUUCUGGACCAGGUGUGA